UUAUUUCACUCUUUCUUCCUUUUUCUUUUUAGGGUCGAGGUGUUUCACUGUUGGACCUGGAAGACGAUUUUGGUUUAAGACAGCAUCAUUCAAGUUCUUUUGUGAGUGGUCACAGCAACACUGAUGAUGAGGAGGAUUAUAUGGAUGAAGAGAAACCUGAAUGGGAUUGUUUUGAAAUGUUCCAAGAAGAUCCAGAAAGGGGAGAGUUGCAACAUUCGAACUUCAUGGUCUACAUCAAAUUGUUUCUUUACCUUCUAUUCUUUCUUAUAAUACUCGCUUCCUCAGUAAUACAGAAGCUGACAUUACAUAUUAUGACCAAACUUUAUGCAUAUGAGAGUGGAGAAGACAACACAGGGUUUACGUUACUUUCAAUUGCAAUUUGCAUACCAUAUGGAAUUGGUUUCCUCUUUUCCAUUCACAAAUUUGCUUUCAAUUCUGAGAAAAGAUCUACAUUUUCAGUCAUAAUGAUGGCUCUCCUGCCAGAGACGUUUCAUUCCGUCGGACUUUGUGUAUUCAUUUUCCAUAUAUCCUCAAAACUGCAUAUUUUGUCCCAAAUUGUAUUGCUAAAUAGUAUAGGAAUAAUACCAAGCCUAUCCAAACUGUUAUUCACUAAACACAACAAAGGUGCACCGAAUCGAUACUUAUCAAAAUUGAAAGAUUUCUUCACGUUCAUCUUUCAUGCGUGUGCUUUGAUAGCCUUGCUAUUUUUCAAUGACGCUUUGGAACUGGCUGACAAAGUUGUAGCAUUUAUCUGCCUCGUUUUUGUAUCAAUAUAUUCAUGGGAAAAUUUCUAUGAGGAAUGCUCUUUAUCGAAUCCAUUACACAAGAAUUUUGAACAAAUCAUAUUGGAAUUGUACAAAAGAAAGGGUUUAGCAAACACCAUCGUGUACAUCUGGAAAAUUUUACUUACAUUACUUAUAGGAUAUCUUUUAAAAUUCCAAGAUUUUGGUUCCAAUUUCCAAGAUUUAGACCAAGGAAAAUCGUUCUUCAUUUCUCCUAAGCUGGCCAUAAUUUUACUGACUUCUUGUACUGCACUUGGAUACUACAUUUCAUACCUGGCAUGUAGAUUACGCAUGCAACGAUUCUCCUUUUCUCUGCCGUUAUUGCUAUCGACUCCUGCAUCAAUUGCAGCACAUAUUGUUUUGGAAUCACUGGACGAAACUACUAAAUAUGAUUAUCCAACGUUUUUCACAUGGAACAAGAUUAUUGUGAUGGGCUGUGGAACUAUGCUUUAUGUAACUUUUCAAGUGAUUGUUUCUUAUAUUUGGUAUCCUAAAAAUUCCCGUUUAGAACGGCACGAAAAGUUGCUCAUUUUUAGAAUGGCAAUUGAACAAACCUUGCUAACCGACAUAAAAAUGGCGAACGAGGGUGAUGACUCAAGAGAUGAUGAGGACUAUUAUGAUUUUGAAGCUCAUAUUUUCUUUGAUGAUGCUAUGGAGGUAAAUGAGUUUGGAGAUGUUAAUGUGAACAAAUAUGUUCAAACUUUCGUCACCACAAUUGACAAAGCAGCCAGCUCUGUGAUGAAAUUCCCAACAACAUUGCAUCCACCAUGUAAAAUUAUGACACCAUAUGGCGGCCAACUAUUAUGGCAAAUACAAGAGAAUGUCCUACUCUUCGUACAUUUAAAAGAUAAGAAAAAAAUUCGAAACAAGAAAAGAUGGUCUCAGGUUAUGUAUAUGUACUACUUGCUUGCUCAUAGACUCCCAAUUUUGGCCGAUGAAAGGGUAAAUUUGAUAUUAAACGUAAACUCAUAUGAGUAUGACCUCGACAAAAUAAGAGAGAAGGAAAUAAAUAAACUGGCCAAGAAGACAUUUAUUUUGGCUCUUGAUGGUGAUGUUGAUUUUCAACCUGAUGCAGUUGAAAAGCUGUUGGAUCUUAUGAAAAAUGAUAAAAAAUUAGGAGCUGCAUGUGGACGAAUCCAUCCAAUGGGGAAAGGUCCAAUGAUAUGGUUUCAAAUUUUUGAGUAUGCCAUUGGCCAUUGGUAUCAGAAGGCAACCGAACAUGUGCUUGGUUGUGUUUUGUGCAGCCCCGGUUGUUUCAGUUUAUUCCGAGGUUCAGCUCUAAUGGAUAUGAAUGUUAUGCGAAAAUACACUAUCCUACCAACAGAACCGCAACAUCACUUACAGUAUGACCAAGGAGAAGAUCGAUGGUUGUGUACCCUCCUUCUUCAACAGGGCUAUAAGAUUGGUUAUUGCGCGGCCUCUGAUGCCCACACUUUUGCUCCAGAAACAUUCAAUGAAUUUUUCAACCAGCGUCGACGUUGGAUGCCUUCAACUAUUGCCAAUAUCUUAGAUCUUUUAGGCAGUUACAAACUAACUGUACAAAAAAAUGAUAAUGUGAGCAUUUGGUACAUCUUGUAUCAGUUGUCCCUUAUGAUCUUAACAAUAAUUGGACCUGGGACCGUUAUGAUGAUGAUUGCAGUGUCACUUGAUUCUGUGUUUCAAAUAGGAAUACCAUUGUCCUAUUUAGUGGUGCUCAUACCGAAUAUUUUGUUUGUUAUAGCAUGCUUUUAUUUGAAAACUGAAACACAGCUGGUUUUAGCUUCUUUUCAAAGUGCUAUUUACACAUUUAUCAUGUUAGCUGUAAUGGUUGGAGUCAUUAUCCAAGCUGCAGAAACAUCACUUUUCAAUCCAGGAGUAAUCGUCAUACUGAGUAUGACCAUUCUAGUUACAUUCUCUGGUUUAUUACAUUUACAGGAAAUCUACUGCUUAAUUUGUGGAAUGGUAUACUUUAUCUGUAUACCACUGGGAUAUCUAAUUCUAGUUAUUUACUCAAUGAGUAAUAUGCAUAUUGUAUCCUGGGGGACGAGAGAAACAAAACAGAAAGCUACAACCGAAGAAAUCAAUCCAAAAGAUAACGAAAAUUCUUUAUCCUCAAGACUAUCCAAAAUGCUUGGAAUUUCAGAAUUGAUGUCGAUGAUUAAGAAUCUGUUCUAUAAGGAAAAGAAAGAAACCGAAAACGCAAUGUUAAUACUUUUGCGGGAAAUGAAUGAAAACAUAAAAGCUCUUACAGAUAAAGCCUCGAAUGAAGUCAAGACAACGGAGACAACGGAGACAACGGAGACAACGGAAAUAAUGUCACUUACGAAAUCAAAAUCGAAAAGUUAUAAAAGUAUAAACAAAUCAAAAGUCAGAUUCUUCGAUGAGGAAGUAAAUAUUGAAAAUGAGACACCAAAGAAGAAAGGUUCGCCAUAUUAUUGGAUGAAACAUUCGUCUCUCGGAAAUGGAUUGAAAGCAAAGCUUUCAAAGACAGAAAGUAAGUUUUGGAAGCAAUUCAUCAACACAUAUCUUUAUCCUCUUGAAUUCACUAAAGAAGAAGAAGAAAGAGGAAAGGAGAAUUUGCUUUAUUUUCGUACAAGUUGUUGUAAUGCUAUGGCUUUACUCAACUUAAUAUGGAUGGUUAUUAAUUUUAUGUUUCAAUACCGGAAGCCUUUUUUUAUUACUAUCGUAAGAAUAGAAGAAGAUAUUAAAAUUGAACCAUUUUCUUUCUUGUUUCUUACAAUUUUUGCCUUAGUUUUUGCGCUUCAGUUUUUUGGAAUGAUUCUACAUAGGCUAGAGACAUUUUUUCAUAUCAUAUCUUGCACUCACAUUAUUUCUGAACACGCAGGUACUAAAAUACGUCCUGAACUUUCUAAAGUUGACCAAAAAAAGGUGGUUAGACAAAUGAGAUAUUCCAUUGAAACUACUGUAAAACUGAGCAAGAAAUCUGCAUUUAGCCGAAAGGUCUCUGAACAAAUACGAAAACAGUCCACUCAUCCUAGAUUAACACUUCAUGAAACUUUAAGAAUGAGAAAUCUUGCUACUGUCAUCUCAUCAGGAGACCAUACGGAUGGCAUUCCUUCCAUGGCAAUGUCUAAAAAAAUAGCAUUAUCAUAUAACAACACCAUGGGAAAUAACGAAGAAAGUCAUUUAUAAUAUCGUUCGAGCAUAAUCUUAAAAACUAUCGUAAAAGUUUAUAUUAUUAAUUGCUUUAUUCAUGAUACUAUAAAGCACAUGUUAUUUACACCAAUGUUUGUUUAUUUUUAUUUACGAUAUAUAUUCAAUCUCAUUUAAUGUAAAAUUGACGCAAUAAAAUUAACUGAUAUUA